CAAUAUAUCAGCUGUUGUUUGCGCAGGUCUGUCCUUCAUAAAGAGGUCACGCAAGUGAGGUGUUUUAGCGGCGCGUGUAAUUGCUGGAAUUCAGGCAAAAAUGGCAUCGAGAUUCGCAGACGUCAAACUUGGACCACCGAUUGAAGUUUUUGCUGUGAACAAAGCAUGCGUCGAUGAUCCUCACCCUGAUAAAAUUAAUAUGACCGUUGGAGCGUACCGCGACGACGAGGGCAAGCCGUGGGUGCUGCCCGUGGUGCGCAAGACGGAGCGCGCGAUGGCGGACGACUGCACGCUGAACCACGAGUACCUGCCCGUGCUGGGGCUGGAGGCGUUCUCGAGCGCUGCCACGGGCAUGCUGCUGGGGCCGGACCACCCCGCCGUCGCCGAGGGCCGGGCGUUCGGCGUGCAAACGCUGAGUGGCACGGGGGCACUGCGAGUGGGGGCAGAGUUCCUCACCCGCCAGCUCAAGUACUCCACCUUCUACAUGUCCAACCCCAGCUGGGGGAACCACAAGCUGGUGUUCCUGAACGCGGGGUUCGCGGAGUGCCGCGAGUACCGCUACUGGGACGCCGCCGGCAGGACGGUGGACUUCGCGGGCCUGCUGGAGGACUUGCGGGCGGCGCCCGAGAACGCCGUGGUCAUCCUGCACGCCUGCGCGCACAACCCCACCGGCUGCGACCCCUCGCGCGAGCAGUGGGAGCAGAUAGCGGACGUCAUGAAGGAGAAGAAGCUGUUCCCGUUCUUCGACUCGGCGUACCAGGGGUUCGCGUCCGGGGACCUGGACAAGGACGCCUGGGCGGUCAGGUACUUCGCCGGCCGGGGGUUCGAGUUCGUGUGCGCCCAGUCCUUCGCCAAGAACUUCGGCCUCUACAACGAGCGUGUCGGCAACCUGACCAUGGUGCUGAACGACAAGCAGCUGGUGCCCCAGGUGAAGUCCCAGGUGACGCUGAUCGUGCGGGGCAUGUACUCCAACCCGCCCAACCACGGCGGGCGCAUCGUGGCCACGGUGCUCAACAACCCGCAGCUGUUUGAGGAGUGGUGCGUGUCUCUCUCUCUCACCCUCUCUCGCUCUCCCUCUCUCGCUCCCUCUCUCGCUCCCUCUCUCCCUCCCUCUCUCCCUCCCUCUCGCCCUCUCUCUCUCGCCAACUUGCACUCUCGCCCUCUCUUGCUCUCUCUUGCUCUCUCUCGCUCUCUCUUGCUCUCUCUCUAUUUCUCACUCUCUCUCUCUCUCUCCGCUCUUUGUGCCGUUCGUGUUUCUCACCGUGACACAGUGAAUCUUGUUGUAUACACUUUUCAAGGGGCCAAUAGAUAUAGACCGGAAAAAUUCGCGAAUUCACUUCGCGAUAGGCUAAAAUACAAAUCGUUAUACCUCAGUGCUGCCUCUGCUAUUGGUUCGCAACUCACCUAGGUGACUCUGGGCCAAUGAGAAACACCCAACCAAAGCUUUAUCGAAUCACAGGCUGCUACGUUGGGACGUCUCACAAGACAGCAGCCAACGAGUGGGUGGCAUUUGACCGAGUGUACGUAGAACUAUGGAGUUCAUCCUGGAGGUCAUUGAACCCGCGAAAUUUUCCGGUCCCUACCAAUAGAAUAUAGGUAUGCAUAAAUUAGUGAUGGGUCAGUCAGAUCCUCAAAUACCACCAAAUCCUUAGUAUUCAAUAUUUCAGGAAAAAAAAAUUAAAGAAAAUUAUUAGAGGAAAUAAAAGUAAAUUAAAAAAAUUCGACACUGAUAACCACUGAAGUUUACUGGGGCAAUUUUUUUUUUCCUUUCAUACCCAUCCUGCUACCAUUCCACAAGAUAUUGUACUUUUAACAUGUAGUUUUAUAGAUAAAAUAACGAUAUGUAUUGGUUCUGGAAACUUUGUUCAUGAAACUGCCAUUUUAAAGAGGAGAAUGUUUCAACACCAUAGUUAAUAUUUUUCAGUUCUUGUACAUUAUUUUAUUUUUGACCUUCGACACCUAGAUUCAGAUUCGAGGUACGCUCUGGAAUUCAAAUUCGAGAAAAUUGGAAAUUGACAGACAAAAAAUACAUGAUAGUAAAAUUGGUUGUAAAUUUAAAGUAAGCCAUAUAUUAAAGAAACUGUAAAUUUCAGUUAAACUUAAAAAGUCGGAAUGUAAGCAAUUAUUAUCCUGUAUUAUAAGUAGUUAGGUACUUCGGAACAUUAGAGCUUAUCAUUUAUGCAGUUCUUCAAGUCUAAUAUUGUACAGAUCUUUUGAAACACCCGAACAAUUUAUUAGCAAUUUUGAACAGGUGUUUAUCACCUUCUCUUAUCAUGUUGAGUAACAUCUGAAUGAUCAUAACAUCAACAACCAUAGGUGGUCACCAGAUCGGAAAUACUAAAAACAUUUUAAUUGUGUCCCAGUUAGUCCGAAUGGAUGACGUUUUACUGUGUGUCUGUUAUUUUGCCAGAGAGACCAUGAGUAGGGAAUUUUUAUUUUUAAGUUACCUAAUUUAAAUUUAAAACAAGAGAUUUUUAUUUUUUUUUAUUUUUAUACAUUGCCUUUAUUCAUAAAAAAAAAUGUUUUAUGUAUUUAGGUAAUAUGGAUCUAAAAUAUUUCUAAAUACUUUUUCCACUAAAAUAUCCACAUUUUGACUGACACAUGAUGCACUUGUACAGUAAAAUCAUUAGUAAUGUAAUAAGAAUGUCUGAAAAAAAAAUUAUUCGGCAAGUUUUGGUGUUUUUGAGAAAUGUGCCAUAAUUAAUGUAAAAAAAUGUGUUACUGAAAAAGUGAUGCGAAAUGAAACAGUGUCAUAUUGAAUUUUUCCAAGCCAAGUAUUUAAUACAUUUUGGUAAAAAUUACAUUCAAUGAAUUCAUCAUGAUAAAAGAAAAAAAAAAAACUUUU